UCAUUACAGAAAAUUAUUUUCAGACAGUUUCUCUAGUGGUUCGGUUGUGCUAACAGCGAAAAAAUCAGUGCCUGAAAGUUAUAAUCCAAGAUGAGUAACAAUCUAGAAGUAGAAGUAGUCUACUUCUACGCAAGGGAAAAUUCAAAGUCGCACAAAACGGACAAGUUUGAGUUGAUAUAUGACGAAGAAAAUCCAAUCCCAAUUUUCAGACGUGGGAUUAAAUUUACCCUCGCGUUGAGAUUCAAGAACAAAUCGUUUGAUCCACAAAGGGACCAAUUGCGUCUAAUCUUCAAUUUUGGACCUAAACCAAACGUUAUUAAAGGCACCCGUGGUGUGAUAAAAGUAACGAAAGAGAGAACCCCUACUAACGAUUUCAAAUUUUGGGGGGCAAACAUCUUAGACCUGUCCUCCGACUUGAUUCUAGAGGUUUGGGCCCCCACUAGUGCCCCCGUUGGCAUAUGGACCCUCCAAGUUGAGUCCAGCAUUGUUAACUCAAGCAUUCCUCCAAGUGUCUACAACCACGAGGGCGAUUUCUACAUUUUAUUCAAUCCUUGGAAUUGUCACGACCUCGUCUACAUGCCAGAAGAGCGGCUCCUGGACGAGUACGUCUUGACCGACGUUGGUAAAAUAUGGGUGGGCCCAUAUGGGUCCAGCCGUGGUCGCGAAUGGGUUUUCGGCCAAUUUGACGCCUGUGUCCUCCCUGCAGCGAUGCUAAUGUUCGAAAAAUCCGACUUACCCCCAGCUAGUCGCGGAGACCCCAUCAAAGUCAGCAGAAUGAUCUCAAAACUGGUCAAUAGUAACGACGAUGAUGGGGUUUUGGUGGGCCGUUGGGACGGAGAAUACGACGAUGGGACAGCACCAUCUGCCUGGACUGGGUCUGUUCAGAUCCUGCAGGAAUUUCUGGACACGCAAUCCCCCGUGAGCUAUGGGCAAUGCUGGGUGUUUUCUGGGGUUGUGUCCACAGUUUGUCGCGCCUUGGGGAUCCCUUCAAGGGUUGUCUCGAACCUGGUGUCAGCCCAUGACGCUAACGCGUCUCUCACUGUUGACAAAUACUACAACAUUGAUAACGAGGAGAUGGACUACGACCCCAACAACCCAAUGGGUGAGGAUUCCAUCUGGAACUUCCACGUCUGGAACGACGUGUGGAUGGCGCGACCUGACCUCCCCCAUGGGUAUGGUGGGUGGCAAGCUAUCGAUGCCACACCGCAAGAAACUUCCUCUGGUUAUUACCAGUGCGGGCCGUCGUCUCUGGAAGCCAUCAAAAAGGGACAAGUUGGGUUCAAUUACGACGUUGCUUUCAUGGUAGCGUCGGUUAAUGCCGAUGUGAUGCGUUGGAAAGAGGAUAAUACAAGAGAACUCGGUUUUGCUCGAAUUUAUUCCAACAAAUAUCAUGUCGGGCGUACGAUUUUGACUAAACAAGCCUUUAUUUUCGACCCGAAUGGGGACCAGGACCGGGAGGAUGUUACUUUGCAGUACAAACCUCCAGAAGGGUCAAAAGCUGAACGUUUGUCUUUGUACAAUGCUGUUAGAGGCACCGAACUUGCCAAGAGCUUUUUUGCUUUGCCUGACCCCGGCUUGGAGGACGUGGAGUUUGAUCUAGAAGAACUAGAAAGGAUCAAAAUCGGCGAAGGCUUUUGUGUCGUUGUUCAUAUGAAAAAUAGAAGUGAUAAGGUACGCAAUAUCAAAGCUCUCCUUUCUGCUACCAGUGUUUUCUACAAUGGAGUUAAAGCAAGUCUCAUCAAGAAGGAAGAUAUCGAAGUUGUUUUGCAACCAAAGUCGCAGGAAACUAUAAGAAUGACCGUCAAAGCUGACGAAUAUUUGGAAAAGUUGGUCGAGUAUAGCAACCUAAAACUCUAUGCCAUUGCCUCGGUCCAGGAGACGCGCCAAACGUGGACGGAUGAAGACGAUUUCGAAGUUUUGAAGCCCAAAAUAGAUAUAAGGAUUCCUCCUGAAAUUCCCAUUGGGAAACCGACACCAGUCACUCUACGUUUUGUGAACCCGCUGAAGAAGAUUCUGACAAAUUGUAGAUUUAAUCUCUCUGGCCCCACUUUGAUUAGAAAUCAGGUCAUUCGUUAUAGUGAUGUAAAACCAGGAGGUUUGGUGAAGAUCAACGCGGAUAUCACACCGAAAAUUGCCGGAGAACAAAUUCUAGUUGCAACCUUUUCGUCUAAACAGCUCAUUGACAUCCGAGGAUCUGCUAAAGUCGAAGUUUUGGAAGAUGAGGAGUGAAUUAGUUUUAGUUUUUUGCACAUUUUUUUGUAUGUAGUUUAGAAACUUGCACACGUAUGCUUAUUCUGACACUUUUUUACGCAAUAUACUGAUUACUGAGAA